GUUUCCGAAUGGAUUGUGUGCUGCAGCUGCAUGUGGCCAUGUGGUUUUGACAAGUUGAGUUGUUAUCAUGGGAAAGAAUAAAAACAAAAAUCCUAAUACAAAAGACAAAUUACCACCUAAAUUAAAAAAGAAAUUUAAAAAAUUUCCAAAAAAAGUUGAUAAGGAACAUGUCCAUAAAAACAAUCAAGUUAUUCUACCCAAGAAAAAAGAAUCGGUUAAGAUUGUAUCCAAACUAUCAAAGUUAUUGGAAAAUGCUGACGAAAAAUCUCCAAAACGACCUAAAUGGAAUGAAAUACCUUUAAGAGAACGUAUGUGGCAAAAAUUAAAAAGUGCACGGUUUCGCUAUUUGAAUCAAGAAAUGUAUACCAAAACUGGUAAUGAAGCAAAGAAUUAUUUUAAAACUGACCCCGAAGCAUUUAAGUCGUAUCAUGAAGGUUAUAAGAUGCAAGUCUCACAAUGGCCCAUUAAUCCAUUAGAUGUCAUUAUAAAAUCGUUAAAGAGACAGCCAAAAAAUUUAAUAGUUGCUGAUUUUGGAUGUGGAGAAGCAGUAUUAUCAAUAUCAGUUCCACAAACAGUUCAUUCAUUUGACUUAGUUGCUUUGAACUCACGUGUAACAGCUUGUGAUAUGUCCAAAACACCCUUAAAUAAUGAAAGUAUUGACAUUGCUGUAUUUUGUUUAUCAUUGAUGGGAACAAAUUUACAAGAUUAUUUACUCGAAGCGAAUCGUGUUUUAAAAAUUGGGGGUACAUUGAAAAUUGCGGAAGUUGAAAGUCGUUUUGAAAAAGUGGAUGAUUUCAUUCAAGGAGUUGAAAAAUAUGGUUUUAAAUUAGUAACAAAAAAUUUCAAUAACGCAUUAUUUUAUUUCUUUGAUUUUAAAAAACAGAAUAUUGUAAAAAAUCGUAAAAAAUUACCAACGAUUUCUUUAAAUCCUUGUCUUUACAAAAAAAGAUAA